AUGGCGGCCACCAGCAAUGGACGAGCUUCUCAGGAGCCUCCUAUUUUACCUCAAAACAAUAUUACAGAUAGGUUCAAAUUGCUGUACCCUAUGGUAAAUGAAGAGGAGACCCCACUGCCUCGCUCCUGGAGCUCCAAGGACAAGUACAACUACAUUGGACUCUCCCAAAAUAAUCUGCGAGUUCAUUACAAAGGUCAUGGAAAAACCCACAAAGAUGCUGCAAGUGUAAGAGCCACCCAUUCUAUACCUCCAGCCUGUGGCUUGUACUACUUCGAAGUUAAAAUUGUUAGCAAAGGAAGAGAUGGGUACAUGGGCAUUGGCCUCUCUGGCCAAGGUGUCAACAUGAACAGAUUGCCAGGCUGGGACAAACACUCAUAUGGAUAUCAUGGUGAUGAUGGUCAUUCAUUUUGUUCCUCUGGAUCUGGACAACCAUAUGGACCUACUUUUACAACUGGAGACGUCAUUGGCUGUGGAGUAAAUCUGAUUGAUAAUACAUGCUUUUAUACUAAAAACGGACACAAUUUGGGCAUAGCUUUUACUGACCUACCGCCCAAUUUGUACCCCACUGUUGGUCUUCAGACCCCUGGGGAAGUUGUUGACGCAAAUUUUGGUCAAGCACCUUUUGUAUUUGACAUUGAAGACAUGAUGAAGGAACUGAGAGCUAGAACUCGCCUAUCAAUACUCAACUAUGCGGUGCCUGAAAAUCCAGGGGAUUGGCAAGCAGUUCUCCACAAAAUGGUGUCUACAUACCUAGUCCACCAUGGAUACUGUGCCACAGCAGAGGCGUUUGCCCAGAGCACAGGGCAAAUGUUUGAAGAGGAAAUAACAUCGAUAAAAAACAGACAAAGAAUCUUGAAGCUUGUCUUGGCUGGUAGAAUGGGAGAAGCAAUUGAAAUGACAAGCAGGCUGUAUCCAUGUCUAUUAGAACACAAUCAGAACCUGCUCUUUCUUUUAAAGUGUAGACAGUUUGUUGAAAUGGUGAAUGGCUGUGACUCAGAGGUAAAUCCUCCCCGUUGUCCACGUAUCAACCACGCUGCAACACCGCCUCGUCCUUCGAGUCCUCCUCCAAGUAGCCCAGCUCAGACUUCAAGUAAGAACCAUGCCAAAGGUCAGGCGCAGCGUCGUACCCCACACCCAACUCAUUCCGUUGAGGAUAUGAACAUGGCAAACAGUGGAGUUGCAAUGAAUGGAGGGGGGGAAGCCACACCACUCAUCAAGCCAGACUUGCAUGGCCUACGCGAUGACAAUGAUGAUGUGGAAAUGGAAGUGCCUGAAGAGAGGAACGGCCACACCUCCAAUGGAGUCAUUAAGCCAACUUCACCUGCCACAUCAAAUGGUUACCAGAAUGGGGGUUCACAUCCAUCGGAGCAUGAGGUUGAAAAUUCAGACAACAUGGAAGACAUGGAAGUUGAUCCUCCUGUUGGCAAGCGACAACUUUGUGGAGGAAGCAAACCUGCAAUAGAAAGAAUGCUGGAAUUUGGUCGGGAGUUGUACAACAUGAGUCUUCAUUUGCGACAGGAACAAGGCAAUAAUGAAGCCAAUAAGAAAAUGCUGCAAGAUGCAUUCAGUUUGUUGGCUUAUUCGAAUCCCUGGAGCAGUCCUGUAGGUUGGCAGCUGGACCCAAUGCAGAGGGAAACUGUUUGUGCUGCCCUAAAUUCGGCAAUUUUAGAAGCGAGCAAUCUUCCAAGAAGGCCGCCGUUAGAAAUUGCUGUGGCACACGCCCGUGAAGUGGUGCGCCUUAUGUCUCGCUCAGGACUUGGAUCCUGCGCUUUUGCUAGUGUCGAUGACCUGCUCCAACACUAGCUGCAAGUACUGCCGGCCACUCUGUGUAUGAUAUGUAACUGUUUAAUAGACUUUUAUGGAUUGGCAAAAAGUGGGUUGUUAGUAAUUGUUUCACAGUUUUUAAAUAAAUCCAAAUGUUAUUGUGUCUCAACCAAUAUUUGAGUUUUGCUUUUCAGUAAUUUAAUUUUGUCAGUAAGGAAAGUUUGUUACCUUCAGUUUGAUGCAUAGUUAUCUUCCCUACCCUGAUUUCUUUUGUGACCAAAGUUGACUUUGUUUUUGAAACUUGAAAGUUGUACAGGAUAUGCCCAUGGUAAUUCUUUUUCUUCCGUCUUUAUUACUUGAAAUGUAAGCCAGUCUUAGAUGUCAAUUUAGCAGUUGCAUUUGUGGAGCUGUGGCUGUGAUUUGUCACAACCCUUCCCUCUAACGACACCAUCACGCCCAAAGAUCUCACGCUAUAGGUAGUAAUAUAACAACAGGGUUAUGCUGGUAAUACACCAAUUGUGAACCAAGAGAUCAAUUUUAACCAUUAUAAUGUACCACAGAGCUUGAGCUUUCUUCUCUUUUUCUCAUCUGAUUUAACGUUUCCCCAAGAAACCAUUUGAUGAAGCAAACUUUCCUGUAUGUUCUCUGGAGUACAAUCUUGCUUGGUUUACUUCUGGAGUUUUGGUACAUCCCUGCCUUUAAUUAACUUCGGAAUAGAUUGUGGUUCAUAAGGAUGAUAGAGGGCUAAUUAAUCAAUUCUUGUGCUAUGGUGUAUGUACAUAGAUAAAUUUCUUUUCAAUAAUUGGAUUUCUUUUAUUUCUUAAAUGAAUAUGAUUUUAUGUGACCAUGUUGAUUGUUUGUAAUGGAUGUAUAGUUUGCAUAAUUUUCAGUGAUGUUGAGAAGUUCUAUUUUUAUUUAUGUUGGUUUUGUUUCUGGCCGGCAGCAGUUAAGCCAUGUCCUGGGAUGCAUCUCCCAUAUCUAUUUGACAACUUUGCUAGGAGACCGAUCUUGUAUUCAUCAAAGGUUGUUGUACACAUUCAAUAAUCUCUUUUAUGAACAUAAUUUAUAAGAAACAGUGUAACUGCUACAAAAACUCCAUAGCAUGGUAAAAAAUAUAAAAGUUCGGUGAAUAUACUCAAAAUGUUUUCCAAGUUUGUUUCACCCCUAUUUCAGGUAAACUCUUAGUUCAUUGCUGUUUCUCAAUCAUUCCCCUUGUUUCAUACUUCAGCAUUAUUUCUUUUUCUUUUUUUUAGGAUGCUCUUUUUCUUUUAGUGGGACUCCAUCUGAAUAUGACAUCUAAACACAUCAAUGUCUUCCUGAUCCUAACCAUCCAUUCUUUUGAGUUCACAAAAUGUUUCCUUUUAAUAAAAAAUUGCCUUUCUUAUUAUGUACUUUGUGCUCAAGGAUUAUGACAAACAAGUAGAGUAACAUUUCUCUGCAUGACACUUCUUUUUAUAAUGUACUCCUAAACUUUUUUCAAAUUCACAUUUUGUGUAAGAUAAUCAUUUUUUCUCAACCAAAGCUCUCACUCUGCAAGAAAUUAUGUGAUGCUCUUCUCUAUUCUGAAAUUAACACUUUCAAAAUUAUGGGCAAAUGGCAGUUUCAAUUUAAAUGUUACAUGUGCCUAUGUAUUUAAUGAAAUGACUUUUCUUAUAACAAGUCAUGCAGCUAAAAAUGAAUCUAGGGUUGUUCCUCUAAUUGUCUUUAGACUUUUGGAAUAAAUUAUUCAUGCAAAGUGUUGCAAGAACUGUUAAUACUGCCGAAAAUUGUCUCUUAAUUCAAGACUCAAGCGGUUGUACUGUACUUCUUAAGUGAAACAUUUUGAUUCUUAGUCUUGAUGAUCUUGUGAUAUAUUCUGGCUGAUCGUCAAAUAUGUGAUUUGCUUAGGCUUUAUGAAAAAUAGAUUUUGUGCAUUUGCUGAUAAA